AUGCCAUCCACUCUGCUGCCCAUCACCACACCACCUGCAGACCGGGGCUGGGCUUGGACAGGAGGUGGGACGACGGCCCAGUUCAUGUGUCCUCCUCCUCCUCCUCCUCCUCCUUGUCCAUCUGCUCCUCUGCUCCCCCUCCGUCUGCAGCAGGACUCAUGGGAUGCCUUCUUAUCUCUGCAUGCGUCCACGCUCCGCUCCGCAGCCGGCGUCUCCCAGGGUUUCUGCUCACACUGUGUGCACUCCAGGUCCAUGCCUGCAAGCGAGGAAGUCCCUCUCCAAGCCAAGCCAAGCUACAUUACACUACGGUACAAGUCCUCUACGUCAGGUCAGGCUAAACUAUGCUACGCUACAAACCCACUAUGUAAGGACAAGCCAAGCCACCCCGCAGCAGGCUACUCUGCACUGCGCACCACACCCCCAGCAAAAGGCCUAGUCCUGCCUUGUCAUGCUAUGAACUACGCCAGGUUGGACCAAGCUACAACACGAACCCACUACACCAGGUCAGGCCAAGCUACACUAUGCUACUCCAUGUAUCUGCUACAUCAGAUCAACCCAAGCUACACUGAAGCACACCACACUCCAGCUGAGUGCUUCCUGUUCCUGUCCACCUCCCCUUUUCCCUCAAAUCUAAAUAAAGUUUUUUUUCUUGUUUCUCAACCAGCUUUGGUGCCGAGUUUUUGCAGUUUGGGUUGAAAAUUCA